GUGAAACUAUUAGAGUAAAGGUAGCAAGUUUCUAUAAAAAUAUAGGAGUGGACAAGAAAAUUUAGAUCAGCGUGCAGUGAUGGUGAAACAUCAGCGAGGAGCUGUGACAGCAGUUAUGAACAUGAGUUUGUUUGUGCUGCUUCUGCUGUCAGGACUUCUGUGCAGCGCUUCUGGUCUUUGGCGAAAUUAUGAGUACGUAAACUUAAGUAUGACUUGGACACAAGCUCAGAGUUACUGUAGAGAGAAUUACACUGAUCUGGCUACUGUAGACUCAAUGGAUGAUGUGAACAUUAUUGUAAAUACGGUGAAUGAUGGGUACAGUGGAUCAGUGUGGAUUGGACUGCAGAGGGCGACACAGAGUCGCUGGGGUUGGUCUUUUGGAAAUGAUACUGUUACACAGGACAGUGGCUGGAGUCCAGGACAGCCAGAUGAUUAUGCAUGUGUCUAUUUUGCUGAUGGAUUUUUGUUCACUGAAUUAUGCUCAACACAACUGUACUUUGUGUGCUAUGAUGAAAGUACUGGAUAUAUCUGGAUACAGACUUCUAAAACCUGGACAGAUGCUCAGAGUUAUUGCAGACAGUAUCAUACUGAUCUGGCCACCAUCAGCAGCGAUGAGGAGCAGAGUCGACUGUAUGAAAUUGUUGGAUAUGGGCCAUGGGUCUGGAUCGGUCUGUUCUUGGACUCUUGGCAGUGGUCUGACAAGUGGAACCUCUUCUUCAGAUACUGGGCAACAGGAUACACAUCACAGACUUUAGGAUCUGGUGACUGUGUUGCCAUGUCAAUAACUGACUCUGGGAAAUGGGUUCAGUAUAGCUGUAACCAACAGCAGCGUUUUAUCUGCUAUGGAGUUGUUAAAAAACAGAUUGUCAGGUUAAACUUGUCCUGUGAUGGAAAAUGCAGUUUGACUGAUACUUCACUACAGAUGGCCAUUCUGAAUGAGAUGCAUAAAAAGCUAAAGAGCGUCGGACUGAAGAACGCACAGAUAAGCUGGAGAAAGGAUGAAGAUGGAGAGGUGUUUCAUCUGAAUCAACAGACAGUGAAGUCAAGUACUCCAUGUGAAAUGAACUAAGAAUCCACUUAAAUAUACCAUGUUUAUUAUCAUUAUUAUUGUUAUAUUAUUCUCAGAAAUGUAGUCGCCAGGAACCGUGUAAAUAUUCCUUCCAUUUUCAGGGCAUUCUUAGCCAUAUGUGCAAUAUACAGCACUCUGUUAUAUUGAUGAUUCAUUUAAAGGCGGAGUGCACAAUGUUUGUAAGCCAAUGUUGAUAUUUGAAAUCACCUAAACAAACACGCCCCUACCCCAAUAUAAUCUGGACCUUCUUUUGAUAGACCCGCCUCACACAUGCGCAACCCCGGCAAGGAUGUCGGUUAGUAGACACGCCCCUCACUGCUGAUUGCCUACAAGUGUGUUUUGGUAGUCGGCCCGACUCCCUUUUCCGAAUCGUUUUUCAAACAUUGUGCACUCAUUGUGUGGGGCUGCAGUGGCUCAGUGGUUCAUGUAGGUUGUCUACAAACCGGAAGGUUGGUGGUUCAAUCCCCGGCUCCACCGGACCAAGUGUCGAGGUGUCCUUGAGCAAGACACCUAACCCCAGCACGCCUUGCAUGGCUGACACCGCUGUCGCUGUAUGAAUGUGUGAGUGAAUGAAUGGGUGAAUGUGAGGCUAAUUGUAAAGCACUUUGGAUGGCCAUAGGUCUGUUAAAGCUAUAUAAAUGCAGUCCAUUUACCAUUUACUCUGCCUUUAAACCAAUAAUGUACAUAUUUACAUUGUAAAAUCUACGAAGGAGGAUUAGGGCCUCCAUGUGCGUAUACCUACCCAAUUAACAAAACCCUUUAUUCAUCACGAUAUUCUGUUCAUUGCAUGCCUGUUUUAUUAAGGUGUGCACCAAGUUUUGUUCGUUCACAUUAUCUCCCCCAUAUUGCCUUUUAUAUGAGGGAGAUUUCCUAAAAUUGCCUUUCUGACACAUCUCACUCAUAUUGUUUUAUUAAUAAGACAGGUAUGUAUAGUAUCUGCUUUGCAGAUUGUUCACAUCACUCCAAACACGUUAAUAUAAAAAUAUGACAUUAUUAUUAAAAUAUUACGACUUUAUUCUCGUUAUAUUACGACUUUAUUCUUGUUAAAUAACGACUUUAUUCUCGAAAUUAUAUUUAUUCUGACUUUUUUCUCGUUAAAUAAUGACUUUAUUCUCACAUUUUAAUGACUUUAAUCUCAAGAUGGUUUUAUUUUUUUAUUUAGUUUGGCCCUAAUCCUCCUUCGUAAAAAUCAGCAUACAAUUAUUUAUAAUUAAUUCUUGUAAAAUAGCAUGGAAGUAGCCAUUGUAAAAAAUAACAUUUAGAGUAGCAAUUUUACAAAAGCUGUUUGUCCAUUGAAAACAAGUGA